UUGCUCUCUCGAUUCCCCAAGCAAAGUAAUAUCAAGUGUUGAACGUUGCCGAAAAAGAGCGCGCGCUAAGAGGUACGAUUUUAUCUAGAAAAUCGUGCAGAACAUACGCCUUAAUUGGGUGGAAUUAAGACAAGUUUUGUGGCCGACCAGGCGUCGAGAUGGCUGAAGAGGAACUCGAGGGAGAGCACCAGGAGAACAAGUUCGCCCUCCGCAAUCGCGGGCGAAAGGGCGCCUUGAAGAAGAAGAACAUCUACAAUGUGAAGGAUCAUCGCUUCAUUCCGCGCUUCUUCAAGCAGCCAACCUUUUGCUCGCACUGCAAAGAUUUCAUCUGGGGCUUUGGCAAGCAGGGAUUUCAGUGCCAAGUUUGCUCAUUUGUCGUCCACAAGAGAUGCCAUGAAUAUGUCACAUUCAAAUGCCCGGGCGCUGACAAAGGAGCAGAUUCCGACGCCGUUCGAAAACCACAUAAAUGGCAGGGACAUACAUUUCUCACACCAACUUUUUGCGAUCAGUGUGGAUCGAUGCUGCACGGAAUUGCCCAUCAGGGUAUAAAAUGUCAAGCAUGUGACAUGAAUGUUCACAAACGAUGCGAGGAGAGCGUACCAAAUCUCUGCGGAUGUGAUCAUACUGAGCGUCGGGGGCGAAUUCAGCUCGCCAUUUCGUGUACAGUUAAUAAGCUCACUGCUGAAGUGAAACAGGGCAGAAACUUAAUUCCAAUGGACCCAAAUGGCCUGAGUGAUCCUUAUGUGAAGCUAAAGCUCAUCCCUGACACGGACAACGUGAAGAAGAAAACCAAAACCAUCCGAUCCACGCUGAAUCCUGUGUGGAAUGAGACACUCGCCUUUGAUUUAAAGGCGGAAGACAAGGAUCGACGUCUGCUAAUUGAAAUAUGGGAUUGGGACCGAACAUCCAGGAACGACUUCAUGGGUUCUCUCUCCUUUGGAAUAUCCGAAAUUAUCAAGAAUCCAGCUGACGGAUGGUACAAGUUGCUCACACAAGAGGAAGGGGAGUUCUACAAUGUUCCUGUACCUGACGAGGCUGCCGACUUGGCCCAACUCAAGAGUCAAAUGAGGAAGACAUCCAUAACCAAGAAGCUUCCAGUCUCCACCGACAAGGACAUCCCACACAACAUGAGCAAGAAGGACAUGAUUCGCGCCACCGACUUCAACUUCCUUAUGGUCCUGGGCAAGGGCUCGUUCGGCAAGGUGAUGCUGGCCGAGCGCAAGGGCACCGACGAGCUGUAUGCCAUCAAGAUACUGAAGAAGGACAUCAUCAUCCAAGACGACGACGUGGAGUGCACGAUGGUGGAGAAGAGGGUGCUGGCGUUGUCCAGCAAGCCGCCCUUCCUCGUGCAGCUCCACUCGUGCUUCCAGACAAUGGACCGUCUCUACUUUGUGAUGGAGUUCGUGAACGGCGGCGAUCUCAUGUUUCAAAUUCAGCAAUGUGGAAAAUUCAAGGAACCCGUAGCAGUAUUCUAUGCAUCUGAGAUAGCAAUUGGACUCUUCUUUCUGCACUCUCGUGGGAUCAUCUAUCGUGACUUGAAACUGGACAACGUGCUGCUGGACGCCGACGGACAUAUCAAGAUCGCCGACUUCGGCAUGUGCAAGGAGGGCAUUUCGUACGACAAGACCACCAAGACAUUCUGCGGCACUCCGGACUACAUCGCGCCGGAGAUCAUCCUGUACCAGCCGUAUGGCAAGUCCGUGGACUGGUGGGCGUACGGCGUGCUGCUGUACGAGAUGCUGGUGGGCCAGCCGCCGUUUGAUGGCGAGGACGAGGAGGAGCUUUUUGCCGCCAUUACGGACCACAACGUGUCGUACCCCAAGAGCCUGAGCAAGGAGGCCAAGGACGUGUGCAAGGGCUUCCUCACGAAGAAUCCACAAAAGAGGCUCGGCUGUGGGGCGCGUGGCGAGGAGGACGUGCGCGGUCACUCAUUCUUCCGGCGCAUUGAUUGGGACAAGAUUGAGAAUCGAGAGGUUCAGCCGCCCUUCAAGCCGAAAAUUAAACACCGCAAGGAUGUAUCCAAUUUCGAUAGGCAAUUCACAUCGGAGAAAACUGAUCUCACGCCAACUGAUAAGUUAUUCAUGAUGAAUUUGGAUCAAACCGAAUUUAUGGGAUUCUCCUAUCUCAACCCGGAGUUUGUGCAGCACAUCUAAAGUGCUCGCUUUGCCAUCCUCACACGACAAUUCUACCCACUCACUCUCUCUCUCUCUCUCUAUUUCUUGUGAUUUUUCGGAACCAAUCAAUGUUAUCCACACCCCUUGAGAUAAAUGCCUGGAGAGAACAAGAAUUAUAUAAUGUUAAUGAUAGUGAGUCUGAACAAUCUGUUGAACUUUUUCUACUCAGAGCUCUUUCUACACAGACAAAUUUACUUUAGACCGCCAAAGAAGGCGAUUUUCGUGAUGAAAUAUGAUCGUAUUGACUGCUCGGCGCAUCUUUCAGUCUUGUCAAAUCUUUUGAAAUAUCCAUGGAAGCGCCAUGACGAAAGGAUUUUGAGAAAGCUUAGCCAGCUUUCAUUUGUCUUAUUGGAUAAUCCUUUCAUGUAGAAGAAUUUUGUUGACAGAGGGAAAAACUGUCAUCCUUUCCUAGUGCUUGCAGUCAAAGAGUGUGAAUAGGUGAAUCUAUGGGCAGAGAAAAGUGUGUCAAACAGGGGGAAAACACUUGUGGCAUGAGAUGUACAGCCAAUACUUGUGGUGUAUUUAGGAACUUUUCACUUUACUAACUGCCAUUACAUGAUUAUAUAGUGUAAAAAAUAUAUCUUUGCCAUUGAAGAAAGCAUAUAUUGAUUACCUCUUAGAUAUUCCACACUGUGUUAAUUUCUUUUCCACACACACACAUUUUCAUUUCCGAUUAAUGAUGAUGUCCCACCGCAAAAGAAUUUUAAAUUUCGAUAUACAAGUCUUUACGAAUUAUCUUCAUGAAGUUGAAGACUUUUUUGAAAUAAAUAGAAGACAUAAUGUGGAGAAGGAUGAAAUAUGUAAUAUCUUAUCAACUUCCAAUUCAAGUGUAAUAAAAUACAAAUAUCAUAUAUACAACAUUAAAGAAAUAUAGUAAUAAAAAGUAUGCAAAUUUAGAGAGUGACGCUUCAAGCCCUCCAAUCAAUGGUUGAGUCCCAAUUGAUCUCGAGUGGUUUGAGAGAACCAUUUUCUCAAGUUCUGUGCUACUUCUGGAAACACUGAGGAAUUUUUCAAAGAAAUCUUGCGUUCGUAUGCGAUUUACUUUGAGAAAGUCAACUGAAAAACUCUGAUUAUACUUUCUACUAAAAAAUAAACAAAUUGUCAAGAGAAAGUUAAUCAUAACUUUAUUAAUAAAUGUGUCAAAAGAUUAAAUGAUAAAGAACCAUUGCAGUUGUAACACUUUAUUUAGAUACACGUUAAGAGAUAAAAAGAAAAAAAGAAUAUUGAUGUAUAUUUCAUUCAGAAACACAAAGCAAAAAUACUUUACUUUAUAAGAGAUUUGAAGAAUUGCCACUUGGAGAAGUUAAACUGUGUGUUCACAUGAAAUAAUGAAACAUUUGAGCAUGACUAAAGUUCAUUUCUACAUUUGCUUUGGUUUUUAACCAACUUACAAAAGUGGCGCUGUUUUGUCAGAGAAAUAUUUACAGCCUACAAAUAUUCUAAAAGUACCAGAAAUUUCAGACAACCAAAGGUAUCAAUCGCAAUUACAUUCAAUUGAUCAUUGCAGUGAGAAAAAAACACUGCCAAGUGGCAAAGAGUAAAAAAGCAUUUCUCUCGCUUACGUAGUCCAAAAUGCAGUAAAACUUUUCCAGUAUCACGCUUAAGAGACAUAUUAACAAAGAAAGUAUUAAUGUAAUAGAAUGAGUAAUAAUGGCAUUAGUAAUGGAAUAUGUAGCAAAAAAUAUAAUAGUUCUAUUCUUUUCAAUUUUAGGGCCUAUAGCAAUAAUUUCUCUUAGUCUUUCAAACAGCAAUUUUAUCAUUUACAAACCGUAUGUUUUCAUCACUCUUCCAUUAAUUUCAUGACAGUUCAUUUGAAUAGCAGCAGACAAAGAAAGAAAGCAAAAAUGAGACAAGUUUGGAAGAAUAAUCUUGUAAAUACUUUUGAAUCCACUCUUAUACAAAUUGUAGUUACAUAACGUAUAACUUUUCUCGAGUGCUUUUGAAAAUAAAUAAAAAACAAACAAAUUGAUAAAUGAAUUAUAUUGUCAAAAUAAUGUAGUAAAAUCCAAACUAUUUAAAUUUAUGAAGAACAAAAAAAAGGAUAUUCAAAAAUAACAACAUUUAAAUUAAAUUAUACAUUUAAGCACUUUUUGACAAUCUAAUUGUAGGUAAAGAAGAAGAAUAAAAAAACUAUAACAAGAGAAACAGAAUUAUAGUCAAAAAUGUUUAUUGAUUCAAAGAAAUUCUACAAUAUAUUGUUAUUAAUUUUCUUGAUGUUAUUGACAGACAAAUUUGAAGUCUAUCUUUAUCAUUCCAUUAAAGUAAUUUUUUCGUAAAAAUUAUAUUCAUGAAUUCCACGCUAAAAAGUAAUACUCUUUACUUUAUUUUGUAUAACCUUCGCUAUAUUGAAAAGUAUUUACGUUCUAUGUAUUACAUCUUUCCUACGCGUCAUUGUGACUGCUGUAGGAAAAGAUAAAGUUGUUUCUUAUGACUAACUUUAGAAAAGACGUUUUGAGAUUUGACGAUAGUAUAUCAGAAAAAAGAGGAUAUAAUAAAAGAGAAAAUAUAACUAUAGUAAAUGUAUUUCGAAAGGGGAUUCUUUUGUGUCCACUUAUUGACUAACCACCUUUGAAACAAUUUAAGAAACUUAUAGAAACUAUGAAUGCAAUAAUGAUGGAAAGAACUUUCAAUUGAUACUUUGUACAUUUUGUAUUUUGUUGACAGUGGAAAUAUUGAGGAAAUUCUAUUGAACUUGUUUACGCUGUGAGUUUCAAGGAAAUUGUCUUAAUUUCGGAUUUAGACGCCAAAGUCAUAUAAUAUUUAAAUAUAUUAUUACAUUCAAAAUUCUCAAAUGAAAAUUAUAUCAAAUAUUAUAUUUACAUCAUUAUGAUAAUUCAAUUAAAUAAACCACUAUAUACUCUUUCAACUUA